UUUUGGACUUCGGGUUGGGUGGGGUGGUCUGGUCGGUGGACACAGCGUGUAAUUCUCAGUCAGUGGAGCGCGCCCGCUUCCGUAGCCAUUUUGGCUCAAGGCCAGGGCUGUGGCCCAAGACAUUUGAAGCAUCUUAGUUGAUACUGAUCAGGCCCCCUGGGGGGAGCUCGACUCGGUGCUACAGGUGCCCCCGCUUGGCGGCGACGCGCUGACAAGCAGCAGGCCGGCGCAGGUCCCGCGGCUGCCCAUCGGACAGGAGGACGGCAACCCCAGCAGCAACCCCGAGAGCAGCCCGAUGCAGGAGGAGGAGCUGCCCGUGCUCAAGAGCAUGCCGGGCAGGCGCCUCCGGAGGCGCUUCGACCGCGGCAUGCCCGUGCAGGUGUACCUGGGAGCGGAGCAGGGCUUCCUCGCGGGCACGGUGGUGGAGCCCGCGAGCGGGCCAGAGCCCAGGGACAUCAUCCCGUCGCCGAGACCGAGGCGGAUCCUGUCCCCAGAGGCCUCCCCCUCGAUGUCGCCCUUGUGCUCCAGCGACGACGACGACGACGACCCGCACGGCGUCGACGUCCGCUCCAGCGCCGGUACCGCCGAGGUCGAGACUGCCGUCGUCCCACAGCGCCACGCGACGGCCACUGUUUCGAUCCACGGCCGGAGCGGACCCGACCGCACCUACCCCGAGUACAUGAUCAGGCCGCUGAUCGAGCGGCGCGGGGCGCGGUCCUGGAAGUUCGGGAGCAUCAUGAGCAUGUCGCUCUUUUGACAGGGACGAGGGUCACGUCCUCGAGGACCUCGACGGACCUUGGGGGUUCUCGCCGCAGCCUUCGCCGAGAAGUGAGCCAGAGUCCGAUCAAUCGCUGUCAUAUUUUUGGGGGUUCUCGCCGCAGCCUUCGCCGAGAAAAGUGAGCCAGAGUCCGAUCCACAGUUGAGCGCCGGCCAGUUGAAUGGAGGCGACGUUUAAAACACUGGAGGCGCCUACCAACUGGGCGCCGCCAGAGGAAGCCCCGAGAUCCAGGCUCGCACCAUUUUUCUCAGCGAGCGUAGCCCCUCUAAGACUGCCCGGAUAGCCCCGCUCCAGAAUCUUUUCGGUUACCAGUGCUGAUCCUCUUCCCUUUCCUUGUCCUUUCUGAUCGGAGCCCGCCAGUUUCCUGGCUGGGCCUCCUCUCACACUGUAGUGGUGGUGCAAGCGACCGACAAGGCAGCAGCAGCGAACCGGAAUGCCCGGCGAGUAGCCUGACUGUCGAGUUCGCCUGUUUUUCUAUCGUGGCACAUCGACACGCCUGAACUAGGCAUGCACUGUGAGUUCCCUUAUUGUGCCUGGCCGUAGAUGCCAUGCUCUCAACUUGCCGUGAGCGAAACACUCCAGCUACUCGCUCGCCGAUGCC